AUAGCUGACGUUACCAUAUCCUCCCCACGGCUGCCCCGAAGCUCCUGUACGAGUCGAAACCCAAACGCUCCAACACGCUAGAACUGACAAGCCGAUCCUCUUCCCCUCCUGAAACCCUAGGUAUGCUUCUCCGCUUCCCCAUUUUCCCUCCCUAUUUUCCCCUCCAACGCUACCUUCGUUCCACCUCCUCCUCCUACUCCCAAGUUCCUCUAGGGUUCGGCUCCUCCGCCCUCUCUCUUUGGGCGGACCAGAAGUCUGGUGGCCCGAUCCGGUGCUCGGUCUCGCAGGUCCACAGCUAUGGCACCGUGGACCCCGAGCGGCCGCCGGCCCUCAAGUGGAGCUCGCUCGCCCGAAGGAUCUCUGCCAUGGAGAACCCCAGCCUCGGCUGCGCUGCUGUCUUGGAGCGCUGGGAGGAGGAGGAGAGGCGGCUCCACAAGUGGGAGCUCUGUCGCGUGGUGAAGGAGCUCAGGAAGUUCCGCCGGUUCAAGCUCGCAUUGGAGGUUUGUGAUUGGAUGACUGCCCAAGGAGACCGAUUUAUGUUUACAUCUAGUGACAUGGCAAUCCAGUUGGAUCUGAUUGCCAAAGCACAUGGCAUUUCACGCGCUGAAGAACACUUCUCGCAACUUCCUGAUACCUUGAAAGACAAGCGCACGUAUGGUGCUCUUCUAAAUGUCUAUGGCCGAGCAAAGAUGAAAGAGAAGGCAGAGGCUAUUGUUGAGGUGAUGAGAAACAAGGGAUAUUUAACUGAAGCACUAAUUUUCAAUGUGAUGAUGACUCUAUAUAUGAAUGUUGGAGAACAUGAGCAAGUUAGUAAGAUCAUUAAUGAGAUGAAGGAGAACAAUAUUUCAUUUGACAUAUACUCUUACAACAUCUGGAUAACGAAUUGUGCAACCAUGGGAGAUGCAGAGGAGAUGGAACGAGUGGUAGGGCUGAUGUCUUCAGACAAUGGCAUCAAUGCAAACUGGACCCCUUAUACUACACUUGCUACCAUGUACAUUAGACUUGGCAAUUUUGAGAAGGCACAAAGUUGCUUAAAAGAUGCUGAAAUUAGAGUGAUGGGCAGGGAUCGAACACCUUUUAAUUACCUCAUUGGACUUUAUGGCAGCAUAGGUAAGAGAGAAGAAGUCUAUCGGAUUUGGAAUUGGUACAAAUCAAGUUUCCCUAGAAUCCUGAAUGUGGGUUACCAGUGUAUGCUUUCUUCUUUGAUUAGGCUAGGGGAUGUUGAUGGAGCUGAAAUGAUCUAUGAAGAAUGGCUAUCCAUGACAUCAAGCUAUGACCCCAGGAUCUGCAAUAUUCUGCUGGGUUUGUAUGCCAGAGAAGGGCUUGCUAGUAAGGCUAAGAAUGCUCUUGACAAAUUUUUAGAAAAAGGUGGAAAGCCAAGACCGAUCAUGUGGGAGACCCUUGCAGAAGGCUACAUCAAGGAGGAACAAAUUUCUGAGGCGUUAUCGUAUAUGAGAGAAGCAGUGUCAUAUGAAGGAGUAAAUAACUGGAGGCCAAAACCCAAAAACAUAGAGAACCUCCUAGCACUUUGUAAGGGGCAGAAUGACAUUUCUAGUAUUAAUAUGCUGAUGGACAUGCUUCGAAUGAGAGGAUGCCAUGAAAAAGAGGAAUACAAGUCAUUAAUUAGUGCAUACUGUCAGGGUAAUUGAGCAUGAUGAAAGAUGAGCAUCUGAGUAAUGGAGACCAAGAUGCUUGUGAUGUUGGUAUGUCUUGAAAUCUGUCUCCAAGGAACAGCUCACAUCUCCGCAUAUGAAGAGUUUGUUCCCCUACAUGACUUGAAGCUGGGGCAGAAAUGCUCUUCUGGGUUGUUUCUCUGCAUCUGGAAUAUCUGGAAUAUUGUAAGCUCAAAUGGAUCUUGCCAGAUAUGCUUUGUGGGCUUCAGUAUUUUGUAUAAUGGGUUCUGUCAGUUGUUGCAAGGAGCUGGACCACAAUGAGAGAAACGAUUGUGUGCAUGGAUCCCACAUUGGGUCAGAGUGCUUUUAACUCUUCUAAAUUGUAUCUAGGGCAUGCUUUUUUGCUAUAUGACCAGGUUGGCAAAUGCUUUAUUUACGGAAUCAGUAAAGCUGUGUCCUUUCUUCUUUACAGAUGAGGAACAUGAUGGUCUGGGGCUAGUUUCCCAUUGGAUGUAUCUUAUAACCCAACUUUCGCUAGCUAUAGCAGUGCCUAUCUUGUUGCUUGCUUUUUUUAUAUCUAUUUUUGCUUUUAAGUUCAGGACAGCUUUCAUAGGUUGGUUUUGCUUUUGAGGCAAAUCUGGCAACUGACAUGCAUGAGGGAAGGCAUGUCAUCGGAUUUAGUUGCGAAAAUAGAUCAAGACAUAGAGGGAUCCUAACUGGAGGAUCUGCAUGUUGGGGGAAAAUUGUGACUUGCCAUAGCUUUUGCAAAACCAUGAGGUGCAGCAUGAAGAAACUAUACCCUUGCACUUACAAAUGGAUGGUCCAAUAUAAUAAAUGAGUACAAAAUAUCUUGUUGGUGUUAGCUGCAUUAUUUGGGAGAUUGAUGAGGAUCAACCUGGCCGUGAAACAUCAUGUGUUUGAGACAGCCCAUUCAGUGCUUUGAUAUUUUAAUGCGGUUCCAAUGUGAUAUAAAUUUUCUUUUGUUUAGAUAUAUUAUUUUCUGUCAUCUAAGAAGGUAACACUGUCGUUUGGAAGGUGCAACAUCUCCUCAUUCUACUUCUGUUUAACUUUCUCUA